UAAGUCCUCCUUUGGCGCCGGUUUCCGCCGCGCUGUGUCUAUGGUCGCCGCGCGGUGCCUUGUGGGCGCUUGGCGGAAUUAUGGCGGCGGCUUAGGGCCUGGUUGCGCAGGGUGAGGGGAGGCCGCGGUUAGUUUAAAAUGACGACAGCAGCGAGGCCAACGUUUGAACCUGCAAGAGGAGGAAGAGGAAAAGGUGAAGGAGACUUAAGUCAGCUAUCCAAACAGUACUCCAGCAGAGACCUUCCUUCCCAUACUAAAAUCAAAUACAGACAGACCACUCAGGAUGCUCCUGAAGAGGUGCGUAACCGUGAUUUCAGAAGGGAGCUGGAGGAGAGAGAACGGGUUGCUGCAAGAGAAAAGAAUAGAGACAGACCAACCAGAGAACACACAACAUCAUCUUCUGUGUCUAAGAAGCCUCGGCUAGACCAGAUUCCUGCAGCAAAUCUUGAUGCAGAUGAUCCGCUUACUGAUGAAGAUGAUGAAGAUGAGGACUUGGAAGACAGUGAUGAUGAUGACACUGCAGCUCUUCUUGCUGAACUGGAAAAAAUCAAGAAAGAACGAGCUGAGGAACAGGCUCGAAAGGAACAAGAGCAAAAGGCUGAAGAAGAAAGAAUUCGGAUGGAGAACAUUCUGAGUGGUAACCCACUGCUGAACCUCACUGGCCCAGCACAGCCUCAAGCAAACUUCAAAGUGAAGAGGAGAUGGGAUGAUGAUGUUGUCUUCAAGAAUUGUGCCAAGGGGUUAGACGAAACAAAAAAGGACAAAAGAUUCGUGAAUGAUACUCUGCGAUCAGAAUUUCACAAAAAGUUCAUGGAAAAAUAUAUCAAGUAGUACAGUUUUAUGUGCGGUGGUGCUGAAGGACUUGGAAGGUCAUGGUUGUUCCCUCCCUCUCCCUCAGAAUUCAAGGCUGAAUCCUUGGUCAUGAAUUCCCAAAUGCUUUAUCAAGAUCAUCAACAGCUUCAUAAUUAGUAAUUGCUUAUGUAUCUGGAGUUUUUAUUCCUGCAGCAUGUUUUCCUUUUCAGUUUUAAUUAAAUCAGUUUGUGUUUCAUGAAUGUUUUUCUGUUCACGUGCAUUUUCUUUUGCUGGCUGCCUUGUGAAUGGUAGAAGAGAGAAGCUGGUUUGCAAUAAAUACUUCUAAUUGUCGAAAUUGCUUUCUAGAACAACCUGUAUUUGUAGUGAUGGUGGUUUGUAACUUACACAACCUGUAUAAAUGUCAGUAUUAUCAAAUAGCUGAGUAUGGUAAGCACUGUGACCUGAAAAGAGCUGUACUUUUUUUUGUAGCAAACUGGACAUACUUUCUCUUAAUAGCUAGUUUCUAACUAGUUAAUAGUUAGUUAAUAAUCUUCCAUUUUAGUUUCUUACUGUCAACCCAGUUACGGUUUGGUGGGGUGGCUCCAAGUUCUUAGCAGCCCUGCUUUCUGGGCUCUCUCGGCUCUGCGCGUAUGGGGUGAUACCGUGUAAUGCUUGGGGGAGCACUGAGAGGGAAAUGCUCUGUGGAACCAUGGUGGUUUUUUCCAUCUUAAUAAACCAUUGCAGUGCUCAGUGCCUCAGCCACGUGGCCGCAAGGCUCAGGCUGUGUGUGCGUGGCUCGGUAGUAAUAGUGUUGUCAGAAACUGUCAAGUGAGUCUCUUCAUUAAAUGUAUGAUCUCCUCAAGA